AUGCACGAGCUGGGGGAGGGCGCCCGGGAGGAGGAGGCCGGCGAACUGGUGGAAGUGAGCAUCAACAAGAUCGCCAACAAGCUGGCCAACAUCCUCUACAUCACCAGCGUCUCCAUGAAGGAAAACUUCGCAGCGCGCAACGCCAUGCAGUACGCCAAGUUCAUCAAUGACAUGAAAUCCUACUGCGUAAACUUCAUCCAGGCAGUGAACAAUAUCAUUUCAGAAUUUUACAGCUGCACCUGCUUGCCUGUGCAUACGAUCCCCAGGAACCCAUACAACAACAUACAGGACGUGGGCACCAUUACCAGUAACCUCAGUGUAGACGAUGGGGCGGACAAAAUAAAACAAAACAGGAACACGCUGCACACAUUCAGAACGGCCUAUGCCUCAGCAAAUUUCAACACCAUCCUCAAACAUAUUGAGCACUUCAACGAUAACGUUUACGCCGCUCUGAGCAACAUACAGCAAGCUAAGGCUUCCCCCCAAGCGUAUGCAGACACGCAGACGUACGGAACUGUGCUCUCCGACCGUUUGAAGAGCAGGGAGCGGGACAGCGAGCACUUGGAGCUGUACGUCGCCCAGCUCACCUACGGCCUCUUCUGA